AUGCCACUCUUCCUUUGCUCUUUGCUCAAACGUCUCGAUUUUGAUUUUUGUAAUGCUGCAUCGACAGGAGAUGGAGGUGGACCGGAGCUUGACGAACCCUUCCUGGGCGGAACACUAAAGAAACCCAGAAGAACCUUGGGUUGUGAGAGGGGGUUUGUGGCGCACACCCACAGUUUUCAGGGCGAUGUAGCGAGGGUUGAUGAUCCUGUGUACGUACUCGGAGGAAGUUUUACGGACAGGUUGAAGAGUAUGGCAAGCAAAGCCUUAUAUUCCCCUCGUCCUUAA